GGUUUUGUUGGGGUUUGGGGGUUCGGGGCUGGAGGGAGGGAGGCAAUAGAGGAUGGAUGGGGAAAGGCUGCAGGGAGGGAUGCGGCGCUUCCCCCUCUUUACAUUGUACGAUUGGGUUUUUUUGGCAAAAUCUCCCAUUUCCGGCAUUUCGCGCUCGGCUCUUCCUCCGGGGCCGCUCGAGCAGCGUGCCGGCGCCAUGCACCGCCCAGCCAGCAGCUCUCCGGACGAGGAGCCCCUCAUCACGGAGGCCUUGGGGAGCAGGUACAGCCAUCCAAAGCCAAACGAUCACUUACAUGGGGCCUACCUUAUAUUUUUCCUCCUCGGCAUCGGGUCCCUGCUGCCCUGGAAUUUUUUCAUCACGGCAAAGCACUACUGGAUGUACAAGCUGCAAAACUGCUCGGGGCCAGCCGGACAGGGAGUGUCUGACCUGCAGGACUUUUUUGAGAGUUACGUCUCCAUUGCGUCGACUGUACCCUCGUUGCUGUGCCUGGUCGGAAACUUCUUGCUUGUCAACAGGGUGCCUGCCAGCGUCCGCAUCCUGUCCUCCCUCUUUGUCAUGCUGGCUGUCUUCCUGGUGAUCACGGUGCUGGUGAAGGUGGACACGUCGGCCUGGACCACCGCUUUCUUUGCCCUCACCAUGGCCUGCGUGGCCGUGGUCAGCAGCUCCUCGACCGUCUUCACCAGCAGCAUCUUCGGCCUGAGCAGCCUCUUCCCCAUGAAGAACUUGCAGGCGCUGAACUCGGGUCAGGCCAUGGGUGGCACGAUCAGUGCCAUCGCCUCCAUGAUAGACCUGGCAGCGGCAGCCGAUGUUACGGACAGCGCCCUGGCUUACUUCCUCACUGCCGACAUCUUCAUCGUCAUCUGCAUCAUGGUGUACCUCCUCCUCCCCAGGCUGGAGUACUCCAGGUAUUACAUGAGCAGCCUGAAGGAGAGCCCGGCUCAAACCACCCUGCAGCCCGGCAGCUCCACAGCGGACGAGGCAGAGCCAGGAGGCACCACAAACACCUCCUUCCUUGCAAAAAGCACCCGCAUCCCCCCACUCCGCCCCAUCCUGCAGAAGACUGCGCUCCUCGGCUUCUGCCUCUUCUACAUCUUCUUCAUCUCCAUCAUCGUCUUCCCUUCUCUCUCCUCCAACAUAGAGUCGGUCAGCAAGUCCUCAGGAAGCCCGUGGAGCACCAAGUACUUUGUUCCGCUCACCAGCUUCCUCCUGUACAACUUUGCUGACUGGUGCGGGAGGCAGAUCACCGCCUGGAUCCAGGUGCCUGGCCCUAGGAGCAAACUGCUGCCCGUCCUCGUCCUCCUCAGGACCAUCUUCCUCCCUCUUUUCAUCCUCAGCAACUACCAGCCCCGGGCUCACAUCCAGAUGGUGGUCUUCAACCGAGAUGUCUACCCAGUGGUCUUCACGGCGCUGCUGGGGCUGAGCAACGGCUACCUGGGGACACUGGUCAUCAUCUACGGUCCCAAAAUCGUGCCAAAAGAGCUGGCCGAGGCGGCGGGGGUGGUGAUGACGUUCUAUGUUGUGCUGGGGCUGGCAGUGGGGUCUGCCUGUUCCGUGCUCGUUGUCCACCUCAUGUAGAGGAGCAGCCAGGGAAGAUGCCCUCAGUUUGUGGUGCUGCUAUUGGGUAUUUAGGGUUUCUUUCCCAUGGUUUUGGGGCAGCCUGCCUGACUUGGUGGGUGGGGAGGUUGCAUCCAAGUGGAAAGUCCUCCUUCUGGGAGGGGUUGUGUGUGCACAUACGCAGCAUGUCGCAAGAAGAGCCAGAGGCCAGGAAUGCAUUGCAAAGAGCAAGUUUAUUUCAGUUCCCUCUCUACCGGGGGAUCUCCAAAGUUGCACCUGAGCUCCCAGCAGAGGUGACACCGGCGGGCACGCAGGCACUGGCCACUUCAGCCCUGCUGGAAUAUCACCUGUAUUUCAAGGCUUCAGGCAGGCGCAGCCUCCCGCUCUUUCUCACAACAAAGCAGGAAUCUCAGACAUAGUGAUAAGGUUUCUCGCAGGCCUGUGUUAUCUAACGCAGAGGUUCUGCUCAUCAAGCACAAAAGGUGUGUAAACCAAUUAGAGUGAUUAUGCGUUUUUCUACAGACAGGUGCAAGUCACUUGAGCGUAUUUACACUUAACCAACCUCCUCGCCAAACCUUCCGCUGUAUCCCCAUGCAGGGUGUUCCCUGGUCCUGGGAGGUCCCACGGGACCUCACGCUCCCCAGUUUGCUCAGGGAAGCAUCGGGGGCACAGGGACAUCUGUCCCUCCCACCAGUGCCAGGGGACAGGGGUGACGUGUGGUACCACCACACUGCUUUUCAACUGAAAAUGGUGCUUUUGAGCUCACUUUGGGGUUUUCUGCCUCAUUGUUAGGAGUUCAGCCCUGCGGUGUUUUAGCAGCCUCAGGAGGAUCGAGUUUCGUCAAGAUUCAUCAAGUUGUGAUGGUGUAGUUGAGCUAUAAGGGAUUUAAGCCCCAGAGCAGCUCUAAGCAAGCUUGCUUUAACUUUUCCAGGUUGAAUGAGGGAUCAUCCAGCCCCCAGAACGGUGCUGAGACCAUUUCUCUUGCUGUGACCACGGUGUGGCAGCUGUGGACACCGAGUUACAUGCCUGCAGCUGAAUUCCAAGGAAAAUAAAACACUAAGUGGUCCUAACCAAAGGUUUUUAAUGUAUAGAAAGGUCUAUAAAAGCCAGGGAGAGCUAUCAGGGAGGCUCUGGUGUGAUGUUAAUGGCACAAAGCUGAUUAAUUGAAGUAGGCAGGCGGCAUACGGUCUCCGGAUGCUUUCAGAGUGGCGGGCUACUGUGACACCCAAAACGAUGGGCCACCCAAAAGAGACCAGCCUUUCAAGUCACUUAAACUUCACAUACCAAUGCAGCCUGGACAAAAUACAAUUAUUGCAUUUAUUUACUGAAAUUGGGUGGGUUUCUGGUCUAGGAGAGGUGAACUGGUAAGCGAGGAUUUAACGAGAGAAUGUGGCGUCACAGCUGGUGCCCCAGGGAUACUCUCUAAGGCAAAUAGUUCUGUUAAGACUGGGUCGUUAUUGGAUGCUCUCUCAGCAUCUUCUGCUUGAGCCAGGGCUGCCCUGGCUUUGCUGGGAGAACAGCAGGACUGACAGUGUUUGUUGCCAUGGGGUGAUAUGUAGGCUUGGUGGCGUCGGUUUUUUAUAGAAAUCCGUUCCAGUGUUUAGUUUGGGCUCGUUGGCAAAGACACACGUGGUUUUGCUUUACGGCCGGUUUCUGCUUAAACAUGAGAUCCAGACACGAGUGGAGAGCUUGCAGGGCGUGCGGUGCAGAGGAGCAGCUUUGUGGCAGGUGACUCAUCACAUGUGGGCUCUUCAUCCUGUCUCUUUGGCCGGGUUGAUGCUUGGCCAGGGGCUGCUUUGGCCAACAAGACCCAGGGAAGGUCCAUCUCAGCUUGAAGGGCAGCCCAGGAGCUGAGGGUAGGGGGUAAGUGCUCCCAUCACCUCCGCGUUGCUUUAGGGUAAUGUCGGUCCUGGCUGAAAAACCCAAAUCCACCUCGUUUUGGCAAUGCAUUUUCCCUGGGUCCCAGGUAUGAUGAGAUUCUGCUUGUGUUUCGCACCUCUACUGAUCAUCUCCAUCAUGAUACAGACCAAAUAUCUCUUGGGAUAGAAUUAAUUAUCCAGUACAGCUGCUAAUAAAGUUAAUUCUUUAUACUGUGCAA